ACGUGUGACGGAGUUCGGCGCGAGGGGGUUCAAUCUUCUCAGCUAUUUGAAAAAGACGUUCUUUUAUUGUUUUUACUUGGUGCAAUACUAAAUAUAUGAAACCACAGGAGCAGUGAAAAGGGACAUCUUGCUACAUCAGAGCUCUUUUUCUUGUCUCAGGAUGUCAAGCAUGCUGCUGCUGUAGUGGACGACAACAAGAUGCACAUCUGUCGUGACUGAUUUGGCCAGUUAAAUCACCAUGCACAUCUUAAGCAUCAGUUCCAGCUCAAAGCUGACCUGUAGCUUUGUCUGGUUCAUCUCUGCCCUCCAUGUCCUGUUGGCUGUUUCUGCUCAUACCAAAGAUGUCCUUACUGUGCCACAGCAAGUGAGUCUGUCUCCCAACAUGGACACACAGCAGUUACUCAUAUCAUGGCUGGGAGGAUCAGGAACAACAUUUGCUCUGGUUCUCAGAACUGAACUCAGUGAAACCGUUUUCUCUGAAACUGUGUCUGUGACCGUGGAUGUGGCAGAUGGUCAGCAUAGAUGGAACUGGACCUCGGCAGAGCCUCUGGAGUGCACCUCAUUGUCAGUCAGAAUCCGCUCUCGAGAAGGGCAGAAAACAAGUGAAUGGAGCGAUGUGAAGAUACUUCCAGGUGGUGAUCACAUUGCGACAUUAAAAAUGUACCCUGAGAACAGAGUUGUGCAUGUGGGAGACAACACCAGCUUCUGUUGCAUUGUGGGAGAGGGGCUACGCUUUGGCACCAUAAGCUACAAGGGCAUCGUCAUGAAUGUGACUCAGCUAAGUCAGAGAAGUUAUGCCACCACCGGAUACAAUCAGGAUCCAUCGCCCAAAUCAGGACACAAUGUGUACUGUGAAGAUGAUGAAAAAAAAAAGCUUGCUGGAGUAGUGGUUUUUAUCGGAUAUCCACCAUUACCGACUAAUUUGAAGUGUGAGACUCGUGACUUAACCUCUGCUGUAUGCCAGUGGAAUGAAGGACGAGACACACAUCUGCAGGGCAGUCGGAAAACACACUAUUCACUCAACAAGAGGAAGUGUAAUGAUACUACAAGGGGCAGCAAGUUGAAACAGUGUAGUCUUGACCAGUGGGAAAGUAGUUGGACACUGGUUGCCAAGAACCCACUGGGCCAGUAUAGCCUGCACGACUCUGCUGAACUCCAUCACAGAGUGCACCCAGUAGCACCAUUUAAAUUGACAGCCACCAUCCAUGCCUGGAAUGCCACUGUGCAUUGGCAGUGGCAGUACAACAGUUAUUCUUCCCUGGCUCUUGUCUGUCAAGUGAAACUCACUUCCCAGUCGGACCAUAUAAAUUGUUCCUUCUCUGGUGUAGGACUGCGAUCAGCUGUUUUAUUGGAUCUUUAUCCUGAUGAAGAAUACAGUGUUAAAGUUCGUUGUGGAGCCCAGCACAGCUUCUGGAGAUGGGGCGACUGGAGUAAAGCAUUCACCUUCAGAACAAACACUGAUUUACCUGAUGCCCCUGAUGUUUGGAUGUGGAUGAAUGGAGACAAUACUGGGCAUGUCAUUUGGAAGCCGCUGACACGAAGACAGAGCCACGGUCCUAUCACAAAUUAUGAACUGACUCUCUGGAGCCUCAGUGAGAAUGUUCAGCACACAGCAACCUUACCUCCAGAAACUUCCACUGUUCCCAUCGUCCUGACAGACGUCUCUGCCAGCAGCAGCAUCAUAGCAAGCGUCACCGCAAAGAAUGCCGCUGGAACAUCACAGGCUGGAAGUGUAGUCAUACCACCACAUUUGAACGAUGUGGAGUCCCUUGCUGUUUCCAGAGCAGUUUUUGUGGAUGGAGGUUUUCCUCUGAUGUGGCAGAAUAAUGCCAAUGCCAGCGGUUAUGUGCUUGAGUGGCUAGAUGCCUCCUGCCUACAGGACUGCACUGUGGAGUGGACCAAAGUGGAUGCUGGGAAAACUCAUAUCUCCGUUGAGUCAGCCCACUUUCAGCCAGGUGUGAGGUAUAAUUUUUCCCUGUACAGCUGCUCCUUGGAGGCUCCAGAGCUGCUGCAGCGUUGGCAGGGAUAUAUGCAGGAGCUGGUACCUUCCAGUUCUGUCGUGCACUUGUCUGUCAAACAGCAGGGUUCUGAUGUUGACCUGACCUGGGAAGAAAUCCCUUUGGUCCAUAGAAGAGGCUUUGUCUUGGGCUACAACGUUUACAUAAGUAAUGGCUCCCAACUCGCACUUCUAGCCAACCUGUCAGUCAAAGGAGACCGAAGCUACACAGUGAAGGGUCUCUCUGAGGGCUCCUAUAAAUUCACUGUGAAGGCCUAUACACCAGCAGGGGAGGACACAGGAGCUACUGCCUCCCUAACUAUGGAAUCGAACACUGACUGGCUGAUCCUGGAAGUCCUAACGUCUGUGGGGACCAUGACAUUAUUCCUGGUCUUGAUCACCUUUAUUUGCUACAAAAAGAGGAAGUGGGUGAAGAAAGCGUUCUAUCCAGACAUACCUGAGCCCAAGUUACCUGGUGACUGGUCUCGAUCAAAGGGACCGCUGGAUGUGAAGCCGUCGCCCCACAGUAUGGUUCAUAUUGUAGAAAAGCCAGAGUGGGAUUCUAGUAAAGAAGUGCUUGUCGCUAUUCCUGAGGAAGACGAGGAUGAAGAAGGACAGGGGAGAGGAAAUGAGCCAGUUGAUAUGGAUGAGCCAACGUCGCUACGCUACUACAACCAUGUUGUAGAUGAGCGGCCCAUCAGGCCACGUUUCCCAGAUUCAUCAGUUUCUUCAGCUUCCUCUUUAGAUUCAGCACGUACUGAUGUGACAUACACCGGAAUACAGACAUCGGGGUCAUCUUUGGUCUUCCAGCUCGAUUCCCAGGACUCCGGUGGUGCUGACCAAAUUCAAACUGAUUCUGCUGUCAACUCGAAAGGUGGCGGAGGAGGUUACAAGCCCCAGAUGCAAUCUGGUGACCAGUGCCUAGCUCCACCCCAGUGUUUACCAGAGCCCCAGGCUGCUGGGGGCUAUCAGCCCCAGAGCUCCUGGCACUUGGACUCCCCUGUGGAGAUGGCAGAAAGUGGAGGUCUGGCAUCUUGUCUGGGAUCUCCCACAUCUAUAGCUUCCACUCAGUUUCUCCUUCCUGAUGGCAAAUCUGAGGAACAUGCAGAGAAAUGUCAAGUGUCCUCAUCUGCAGCAAAUUGGUUCACCAAUUUGCUGACAUCAUCAAAACCAUGAUAUCACAUCACACCACUAGCUUUUUGCUGUAGGACUGCAAAUCCUGCAUAAAACUUCAGAUUCAGGCAGGCAUCAGCAUUACCUGCUACAGUAUGUAGGAAUAGUACAUUCUUAGCUAAUUGCUCUCAGACAACAGAUUCAGAAAGCUGUCUGUUGUUGACAUACAGAUCAUCUCAUCACCCUCUGGCAACCUGAUGCCUCCUUUGUGUGUGCCGUGAGCCUUUAGCAAUGCCACAUAAUUUAUUUCUGCAUAACAAGUUUAGGCUUGUUUAGGCAUUUCAUUUCUGUGAAUGUACCGACACUACAGAAGAAAACUGAAAGCAAGACAGUUUCAAAAUAAGACAUUAAAUACAAAAAUCUGCAAGACUACAAAAGGGCAGUGACUGUAUAUAAGAUGGCUGUAUGAUUUAAACAUUUUAAAAGAUCAUAUAUCUUCUACUGUUCUGCCACUGGGAUGAUUUAGCUUUGUUGAGAAGAGCCUACACUACAGUAUUUUAUGACAGACUAGUGAAUGGACAAUAUGCAUAUUGCUGUAAUUGCUGCAAUGCCAGUUGUGUAAAGGUGAUGACUGCCUGGAACGGUUUCAAGAGUAGCUACCACCCUUAGCAAAUUGAACUUCCAGCUAGCUGUUACCUGAUGGAUACAUUUGUGAAUGAGAAAAUUGUAUUUUUACACAGAUGCAGCAGUGGUGCUUUUGCUAGUAGCCUGGAAUUACCAGAAUAAUUAUCCCAGUGGAUAACACAAUUGUAUAAGCUAGAACAUGGAUACAAAUUAAUGCAGGUUAAUGUGUCUGCACACCUUUAUGUUACUUAUGUGUUUUUGCUGUUUUGUGUUUAUUAAGUAGCAGUUUAUAAGAAAGAUUUCAUAGUCAGGCUGGUGUCUUUUUCAUCAGUUGCAUAUGUGUAGUGCAUCAUUUUUCAGUGACAUUUCAGGAAUUUCCCUCCAUGUUUAUGUGUCCUAAAUCAACAAUACCGGUAAUAGUUUUCAGUAACGCAGUUCAGCAGUGUAGUUCACAAAUAUUGCACAGGACAUACACUUAAAUAUUGUUGAUUUUAUUUUUUAAACCUACUAUUUACUCUUUAAAAUGGCUGCGUUAUUGUGUUAAUCUUCCUCAAAGUUCACUGGGUUUCUGUCUCUUCAUGUAGAAACCAAUGUGAUCAGCAGCAUAUUGGUCUGAAAUAUUUCCUGUUACAUCUCUGUGAUCUACAUCACAGAAUUCUAUAUCUGCAGUCUGGCUUGAUCAGCUGAGAUGGACUGCAUUCUGGGUGACACACGUGAAAAAGGGCUGUGGUAAACAGAUUUUUUUUUCUCCCACUUAAUAGCAAUAGGCACAGAAACAAUUUUUGUUUUUUAAGAGACAUGAAAAUGAUUUGUUUUCAGGAAGCAUCACCUCAGUGUUUAUGGCCGAUUAAUGAGUACAAACUUUAAUAUAUAUUUUUAAGACACUUGGUGACAAGCUGCUUGAAAGGUCUACAAUGUGACACAUGGUAUUUUUAAUCAAAUUUAGUGAAGUACUGAUAUUGCUGGUUUUCUUGUUUUCUAACUGUCAUGAUAUUAUAGCAUGUGUGGCAGUGAAAUAUUAUGUUCUUUAAUUGCUUUCUUUUGUAAGACCAGGACAUGACAGAUUACACAUUAGAUGUAGAUUUGCUGUGCUUUAAAGAUUAUUUUUUCCAUUUGUGUCUUCACUACAUCUGAUCUGUUACAAAAAUGUGACUUUUUAUCUUUCAUCAAAAAUCUUUUGUGAAUCCCAGUUCUUCUGAUAGAAAAUGGACUAAAAGGGAAAGAUAGUUAUAUAUAAAAAAAGUUGUUGCUGAGGGUAUUGUCACAACAGAUUUUAGAAAUGGCCCUUUAAAUACUGGUUACUUUUUGGCAUCUUCAUAAUGGUGCCAAAUAUGGGUGACAUAUUACCCAAGAAUCCCCAGAUUGUCCAUUUGCACUUAUUGUAUCGGAUGUGCAUGGCUGAUCCAGUGGUAAUUGAAUUUUAUGUUAUUUGUAUUAUGUAAUAUUGGGCCUUGGGUUGUUGUGGUGGCAGCCUUUUGCCUGAUGUGUGACUGGGCCUCCAGUUGACAAGCUUCAAGUAAAACUACUGUGACUUUAAUGAUGAUGUAGAGAACACUAACUAUAACGGAAGGCUACACUAAUAAAUAGUACAGUACCAUAAAAUCACCCAUUGGAAGUUUUAACACUUACAUUUUUUUAAUCAAAGUGUUUAAUAAUUUACAUUUUUAACAUCAAACACAAAUAAACUUUGUUGAAGUGAAAGCAGAUCUCAACAAACUGAUUGUGGUUGAAUUAGAGACACAAAACCCAAAGUGACUGAUUAAACAAGUACUCGCCCCCUUUGAGUCACUUUGAUAGAAAUGACAGCUUUUAGUCUGUAGGGAUAUCUUUGUCAGCUUUUCACUUGUGGAAACUGCAAAUUUUCCCUCAUCCUUUGAUUGUAUAAGUGUUUUUUUGGAGGGGGGGUUCCCAGCCACAAAUUUUCAAUUGACUUGAUCUCUGAAUUGUAAUGUGGUCACUUCAUGCUAAUUAGUAAAAAGUAAGUCCCUUCAGCUGCUCCCUUGUUUGCAUUUGGGGUCACCACAGCAAAUCUGUGGAGGGUCUGCCUGGUGAAUUGGCACGUUUUGGAAAAAUGUGGCAGAGGUGGGGUUUGAACAAGGAACCUUAAGCACUGACACCAAGUGCAAUAGCCACUUGGCCAUCAUCCCUGCUAUUUUCUCCUAAUUAAUAAUUGAUUGUUUUUAAGCUCUUUGUCUACAGGGUUGGCUGUAUACCCAAGCUCAGUCUUCAAAUUUCCAUUUCAAGUAACUGUUUGUAUGGUAAAUGCCAUUGGCCAGUGAUCAUUUUAAAGGGAAUGAUUUCUACUGCAAUCAUUUAAUUUUAAACUUUUUAAUCAUUUGGAUCUUUGAACAGCUGUUUCCCCCCCACAUUUGACAUUUAUGCGCAUUUUUGUUUAAAUGAUUAAACACUGGUUUUAAAAAAAAUUCCAAAGGUGUAACACUUUUACAUGCACUGUGACAGGCAAAUAGUCCACUUUGACUACUACAGUAAAUGUGUCCCCUCUUGGUUUCUGAAGUAACAUGCAACAGUUAUCUGUAUUGAAAUUUCUUAAUGAAACUGUUGAAAGUAUGUCAAAAGCAAUUGUAUAAAGCUUGCACCAGGAGAACAUCAGUAAGGGUUUAGAAACCAUUUGUGUUAAUGAUCACAUGAAGGCAGUGGAAAGAAGUGGAUGAGGUUUGGGGUAUUUAAACUUUGCUGCCGGUUGUUUUCCUUCAGAGCCUGCUUUCUCAAGUAAGCAGAGCUUUGGAGACUUACAAACACUAUGUGUGACAUCCUUUUAUGUUGAUUUCAUCAACAAACUGGCACCAUUUUUUGUCUGUUUCUGUACAAUUAACUGGAUAUAAAGCUUACUGUCUAAUCUAUUGUCUAAUUUUUGUUCAUACCAUAAGACUAUAGUGUGUUAUGGUGGAAAUGGUAUUUUGUUUAUUACAUAGAUUAUCUACCUUGACAAAAAUAGAAAAUGAAAAAUAUAUAUGUAGAAAAUUGUUGAUAGUACAUUUACAGUUGUGAUCAUAUUUUGUGACGUGAAUCUGCUUUGCAGUGUAGCUUUGUUGGGCCAGUAUGCAGUGCUCCCUAUGCAGAACAUAAGUAAAAUUUUGGAAGUGCAAUUAUUCAUUUAUUUUUAUAUGUCUCUAUUUCCAGUCUACAUAUGUAAAUAGCACAUAUCUAUAAUGUAUUAAAAUAU